CUUUUUCUUAGGAAUGGAGGAAUCUCAAAUGAUUUUGUGCAAAAACUGAUAAGUGAAGUGCAGAUAAAGGUAGAUAUUAUCCUCCGUGGGCUUGACGCUGACGCGCACACGAGCGGAAGCCCACGGGCCCCCACAUCGCUCUCCGCUUCCUCCAGAUCACCGCGGCGAGGCCACGUCCACCACCACACACACCAGUCACAUCUCCUCCCUCCGCACUCCGCACACGAUGGCAAUGGAAGCCGGAGCACCGCGGGGAGCCGCCGCCACCACCAGCGGCGGUGGCGGGGGCGCGCCGGAGGCGGGGGCGGAGCUGGGGAGCAGUGGCGCGCCGGUGACGUGGGGGCGGGUGUGGAGGGCGGGGCAGGAGGCGGCGGCGCACGCGCUGCUGCUCUGCUUCACCGCGCUCCUCGCCCUCAAGCUCGACGGCCUCUUCCGCGGCUCGUGGUGGGUGCUAUUCACCCCUCUAUGGUUGUUCCAUGCUGUUAUUGCUCGAUGUAGAUUUUCGUUACCUGCUCCUUCAUCACCACAAAGUUGUCAGAUGGCUUCCUGCCAUUCCAUUGUUGCCACACCAUUGCUAGUUGCUUUUGAGCUGCUUCUAUGUGUUUAUCUGGAAGGUCAUGAUGAACCUUUUAUUGAUUUAAAGCUUGUAUUCCUUCCACUAUUAGCUUUGGAAAUCAUUACACUUGUUGACAAUUUCAGGAUGUGUGGUGCACUAAUGCCUGGACAUGGAGAGACUAUGACAGAUGAAGCAAUUUGGGAGAGGCUUCCUCACUUCUGGGUUGCCAUUUCCAUGGUAUUUCUACUAGCGGCUACUUCACUCAUGCUUCUUAAGUUGUGUGGAGAUGCAGUUACUCUGGGGUGGUGGGAUUUAUUCAUUAAUUUUGGGAUUUCGCAGUGCUUUGGCUUUCUUGUCUGCACGAGAUGGUCUAAUCCAAUGGACAUUGGUGGCCCUAUAUUAAUAAUUCCUAUUGUAAUUUUUCAAGUUCUUCUGUGUAUGCGCCUAGAGGGCACUCCAUCUAACGCAAAAUUUUUCCCACUCCGAGCUGUUUUCUUACCUAUACUUUUGCUUCAAGUGACUACUGUAUCGUUUGCUAUUUGGAUAUUCUUUGAAAGGCUUGUUACAAAAUUACGAGCUAAAAAGAUCACUGACGGAUAUAUUUCUUUCUCAUCAAAGAUUGAUGAAUUGUUUAUGAUGAUGCAACAUGGUUCAAGGCUCAUCGCUUGGUGGUCUAUUGAUGAAGAUAGCAAAGAGGAGCAAGCUCAUUUAUGCUAUGCAAAUAAUUCUGGGUAUAGUACCUUUUGCAGCUAUCCACCAGAGAUGGUAAAAGAGAUGCCGAAGAAAGUUCUUGUCAAAGAGGUACAGAGACUUCAAUUAGCUUUGGGGGAGCAAACCAAAAUGGCUAAGCUUAGUCAACAGCAGUGUGAUAAGCUAAAAAAUGAACAGAUCCUAUGUCGGAUAUGCUUUGAGAGAGACAUUUGCAUAGUUCUGCUUCCAUGCCGCCAUUAUGUUCUUUGCGAAGCGUGCUCUGAUAAGUGCCGGUCAUGCCCAAUUUGUCGAGUGAGUAUUGAGAACAAGCUACCUGUUUGUGAUGCUAUGAGUUCAGCUGAUUCAAUAAGUGAUACAGUCUAGAUGUUCACAUGUCGACCACAGUUCUAGGAAUUUAUGUUACCUACUUCUCGAGCCAGCGAAGAUGACCACAGAGAGGAAGACAAAUUGUUUUGGCUAUGGAAUUCAAAGGAAUGCUAGAAUAAGUCUUUUGUGUCA